AUGAGUGCUACCAAUGAAACUACUCCAAUAACAGAACGAAUGCGAAAGGCAACGCAUGAUGUUCAUGAAACUAGCGACAAACUUGUGAAUCUAAAGUUGGCGAUGGUCAUCACUUCGAAGCCACUCUAUGCGGAGGCCAUUUCUUUGUUCUGGCCAAUCUAUCGGGAACUGGAGACCCUCAUUGAAAAACAUAAGGAUGACUCUCGAUUAAGCGCUAUUUAUCCGCUCCUCCCUAUCUUGCAGAGAGCAGCACUGUUUGAAAAAGACAUGAUCUCCUUGCUGGAAAACGAUGAGAAGGCAGCUGAGCUUCUAAAGGCACGGCGGAUUCGCACCGACGAAAAUGGAAAAGAGACCUUCUCACCACCAGAACUGCAGACUUAUAUUAAUCAUCUCCGCAAACUGUCCGAGGAACAACCGAUUCUUUUGAUUCCGUACAUCUACUCCAUGUAUGGUGCCAUUAUGGCGGGUGGAACUGCCAUUAAGCGCAUGGUGAAGCGUGCAUUUUCACUCAAGACAGAUGGAGGUGUCGAAAUGUUUGGAAUCCCUUUAGAGGGGUCCGACUACAAGAAUGUCAAGGAAUUCCGGAAUGACAUGAAAUCCAAAUUGGAGGAUGAAAUGGAAUUGACAGCAGAAGAAGAGGUCCUUAUCCUCGAGGAAGCUCCAAAAGUAUUCAUACGGAACAAUGCAUUGGUAGCAACAGCGACAGAUACCGAAGUCUUUUUGAAUGCAUGGAAAAAGUGCCGUGGUUAUGCUGGGAUUGCGGUCGCAAUAUCAAUUGGUAUCGUUUUGGCAGUAUACUACAAAUGA